AUGAAAGAUAUUGUUAGUAUUUGUAUAGGAGGAUGUGGUAAUAGAAUCGGGUCAUCAUUUUGGAAACAUUUAAUGAGGGAACAUCACCUCAAUAUAUUUACAGGAGAGAAGAUUGAUUCAGCAACCUCAUCCGAUCAAUUAAAAGCUAUAGCUGAAGAACAUUGUAAUAUUUUCCUUCAUGAGAAAGAGGAUGGUAAAUUUGUGCCGAGAGUGAAGUUAUUGGAAUCAAAGUUUGCAACCUUUGGUAAUUGUGGGAAUGGAAAUUCAUUUGGAAAUGGAUAUUACACUGAUGGAUCCUUACUUGAGCCGAAAAUUAUGGAUCAAGUAAGAAGGAGAAUUGAACAAUGUGAUUACUUGGAUGGAUUUCAGGUUUUUCAUUCAAUAAUUGGUGGAUCUGGAUCAGGACUCGGUUCAAAAAUUCUUACUCACCUCUCUGAUGAUUAUCCAUCAAAGUUUAUAGGCACAACUUCAGUUUUGCCAUCAGAAGAAUGUUUUGGAGGUAGAUCCCUUUCCUAUUAUAAUUCUGUACUUUCAGUUCAAUCAUUAUUGGCUUCAACUUUUGUUACUUUAUUUGAUAAUCAGGCUUUGGAACAGUAUUGUAGGAAGGAAGUUAAACUGGAGAGUUGUGGCUAUGAGAAUUUGAAUGAUUUAAUAGCACAAUCGGUGUGUGAGUACACGAGUCCUUUUAGAUUUUCUCAGAGUCUUAAUUCUUCAUACAGAAAAUUGGCAACAAAUCUGGUUACGUAUCCUAGGCUUCACUUUUUCUCAAUAUCUAGAUCACAAAUGGAAGUGAAUGUGAAAAAUGGAAUCAAGUCGACUCUGGAAACCUUAACCAGAAAUCUGUUUGAUUCAUCAAAUAAUCUCCUUACUCUCAAUUCACAACAAGGUAAAUACUUGACUAGCAAUAUUUGUUAUAGAGGUACCAUUUCGAAUAUUUCAAUGAUAGAAGAAUGUGCUGGAAAAAUCAAAAUACAGAAUGAAUCUCAAUUCUCCAAAUGGAUACAUAGCAGUAUUCAUACAUCCUUAUGUGAAACAAUUUCACCUGUCUGUAAAUUCAACAGCUCUGCUUCAAUGAUUUCAAAUGCUACUUUCAUAACUCAGGCUUUCAAAAGAAUUAGAGACACAUUUAAAAACCAAUUAAAAAGAAAGGCAUAUCUUUCACACUUCCUUAAUGAAGGAAUGGACGAAAUGGAAAUGGAUGAGGCUGAGUGGAAUUUCGAAGAUUUAAUUCUUGAAUAUGAACAAUAUGAAACCGUUUGUGGAUAUGAAGACACCAGUUCUGAUGUAGAAGACGAAGAUGAUGAAUAA